ACACGCAUCCGCAGCACUCCCUCCUCGGUCCCUCCUCUGCUUCACACAGACCAGUGCGCGCUCAAUUCCCCCCUCUAGCGCCUCCACCGCACCAAACCGGUCCAACGGGACCUAUGCUCUAGCCUCAGAGCAAACCACCGCCUGAAUUGUGCGGCAAUUGGGGGAGGAUUCGCGGCAGGCAGGGCGCGGAUCCGUUGGCGGGAUGAUUGCGGCUGUCAACAGAGUGCCGGCGGGCUGGGGCGAGGAUGAGAUGUCCGUGCUGCCACGGCACACCAAGGUGGUGGUCACCGGCAACAACCGCACCAAGUCGGUGCUCGUGGGAUUGCACGGGGUCGUGAAGAAGGCCGUCGGCCUCGGGGGAUGGCAUUGGCUGGUCCUUACUAAUGGAAUAGAGGUAAAGCUGCAGCGGAAUGCUUUAAGUGUGAUAGAACCUCCGACUGGCAACGAGGAUGAUGAUAAAUUUGAUUGUGAAAACAUGCAGUGGAAUAGUUCAGAUAUGGCCUCCGAUGAUGCACUAUCACCAAAGCCACAGCGGUCACGGAGCAGGCAGCAUAGGGGUUUCCACAGAAAAUCCAUCAGCCGUUCAAUGUCAUGUGACUCCCACUCCAAGACGUCUGUUUCAUCUUCCUCAAGAGCUCACACGAAAGUUGACCUAAGCAAGCUAGAACUGACUGCACUGCUGAGAUAUUGGCGUCACUUCAAUCUCGAUGCAUGUCCUAAUCCAUCCAGAGAGCAGUUAGUUGAUGCUGUUCAAAGGCACUUCACAGCCCAGCAAUUGGAUGAGUUGCAGGUCAUUGUCGGCUUUGUGCAAGCUGCAAAGAGGCUAAAGACGACUAUGAAAGUGGCCUGACUGUGAAGCCUGAACUUCAACUAACAGAUUCAAGAGAGGAUGUAGCAUGUUUGAUGAAUGUUGCCGUGCUAUGUAAUAUAUAUGCAUGAAGUUCUUUAGAUUCAGGUGGCUAGGUUAAUGGACAACUAGACUAUGUUAGCCUCAUCUGAUGUAGAUAUGCAGUAUCCUGUCUAAAGAUGUUUCAACCUCUAGCUCAGUUCUUUCCUGCUGACUGGAUGUGGAUUGAAAUGACAAGUUUAAAACAAGUUAUUUUGUCAUCC